AUGGCUGAGUAUCGGAGGGGAGCAUAUCGAAUCUACCGAAUUCGUGAAUUGGAGCCUAAAUACGAAAUUCCAGAGCUCCAUGGUCCCCUAAUGAAGCUGAACAAACUCAUGGGAGAGCGAGAAACUCACAACGCCAAAAUUCGACCAUGGUACGCAGUAGAGUAUGCAAAGUGGCAGUUGACGCCGUGGAGCUGGACCUCUGCCCGGCAGUCGAUACAAGAGUUCUCGAUAUCGCAUGCCAAACAAGACUUCAGAAGUGCUUUCCAGGCCGCAAGUCAGUUGAUGCACAUGGCGUUGACGGCCCAGGACAACCCCCCACGCGGCGAUGGAAAGGGAACAGAACCGUGGACUCACUGGCCUACAGCGUGGAUAUUCGUAUACCUUGCGUCCACAAUGUACGCAGCUCUGCCUGACAUAUCAGUGCCUGAAUUUCACCAGGCGAGCCCGGCCCAAGCCGCACAUCCAGGUGGAAGCGUCCCUCAAGAGCGACAUCAGCCAGUAAUGGGAGCAAUCUUCACGAGAAGUUUGAGGCUUAUGUACACGCCACCGGCUAGCAACCUUGUUGAUCCUGGUGAAGAAAAUUGGGUAGAAAGGUCCAAAGAAAGUGCCAGGUCAUUUGGGCUUACUCAACAGAUUGCCUUUCCUGCUGUGUGGGCAGAUGCCAUAAACGACAAUUUCAAGGCUGUUGAAGCUUUUCGCCAAAAUCCUCUCAAGGACAAGCACUUUGCACCAUGGAACUUUACAAUACCACAGUACCAAGGAUUCAGUUUGUGGUCAGUGCUCAACAAAGACGGCACAAUAGACCCAUACAAGGGUGGCAACAUGACCGAAAUCCUUGAAGGCUUCUACCCCAGUCCUCGAAUAUACACUGUGCAGCAUCCAAACGAUAGAACUCAAGGAUCAAAGCCAGCGCAGCUUAACCCAAUGGCUACCGCGUUUGCCUCAGGAGGACCGUCCAACGCACUUAGGUCGCGCAAGAAAUCGCCAUUCUUGAAGCACAAAUAUUACACUAUUGCUGAGGUGGCUGAUAAUGGAUGGAUCGUUGAUCCAAAUCCAAAAGAUGGUACAACUGAUGUUUUUGAUAUCGAAGCACUGUUGGAUGUGCUCGACGAUGAGACACUGCAGGUCGACGAUUUGACCAAAUGCGGUCCACUGGGUCGUCAGUUAAGCUCAAGUCAAGACGAGAUCAGAGCCGCGCUUCGAGACUCACGAACACGGUUUAGAGUUGGGAAGCUCUUGCCAAAAUACCGAUUUGCUGAAGUUUAUGAAAAUGACGGCCAAGAUGAUGCGCCGUCAUGGAUUGCUCAUGAUGAUCGGGUUUACGAUGUGACAGAAUAUCAAAAUCGGAACGAGAAGUACUCAUUGUGGCUAUCACGCUGCGCUGGAGGCGCAUUCUUUGCGUCCACUGAAGACGAACACGACUGCUUUGCGGAAGUCAUGGCGAGUAUCCAAAAAUAUCAGAUUGGCUGGAUCCUGGACGAGGAGCCCAAAGCCGAACCAGCUCCUGGGAGAUCCCUCCGUCUGCUAACUGAGUCGAUGCUCCGAAGUCAUGACAAUCCGACAGAGGGUGUUUAUACCGUCAUUGGCGACAACGUGUAUGAUUUGACAAAGUAUAUCGACAAUCACCCUGGUGGUGCACUCGCUAUCCAGGCAGUUGCUGGGAGUGAUGGAACCAAGGCAUUUUUAGAUAACCAUGAUGCGGAUUUGAUUGAUCAACCAGAGUUUGCCGCGCUCAAGAUUGGUCGACUUAUCAAAGAGCGGGACCCGGGUGUUGUAGAUGAGGAUGAAAUCGUGCUUCACGACUCGAUUUUCAACAUCUCAGGUCUGUAUAAACAUGACCGCGAUCUCCAUAGACGUCUGAUGAAGUGGUACGGCACCGAUGCAACCCACAUCCUCACGAAUGAUGAAGGGGAAGAUUCCAAACUCAGGAAUGAUCUCACAUUGCUUUUCCUCAGUCGAAAAGAUUGGAUCGUGGCCAAGAUUCGUACAGAGAAAUAUGUGCGCGGAGUUACUUCCUGGGAUGUCAAGAAGCACGAUGAGAGCCACCCUGAAGCAAUCUGGGCUGUGGUUGACAAGGAUGUUUUCGAUGUAACUCCGCUUGUUCGUCAUCCAGACUACUAUUCCGGGGCGCGCGACCUCACCGCGGUCGACGCUGGCAGGGUCAUUACCUCGAGCAAAACCGCCACGUGGCUGCACAAGUAUCAUAGCCAUCGCAUCGUUGCCAAGCUCGUCGAGCAACGACACGACUCCGUGUCGACAAUCCAUCUCGACGAGGACGGGCCUGACCACGAGGACCAGGAUGAAAGGACCGACAACAGGCCAGCCAAGAAGAGAAAGGUGCACAAAGACAUCCGUGAACAGCUGCGGGAGUUCAUCAAUCGAAACAAGCACUUGAUUAAUGAAAACCUACACGGAAGCUCAAGCUGUCCUGGUGUGGGUGCAAUGUAA